AUGGAUGAUAUUUACAAAAACAAAAAAGAAGCUGUGGGUGCAAUUGAUGAUGUGUCCGAUUCGUCGGACGGUGUGGAUAUGUUGAGCAUAUCUAGCGGGAGUCGCAAAUGUCUGGCGACUAAGUACUGGCGUCAGACAAAGAAGCGGAAGGCUGAAGGUGAGCCCAGUUUUUGGGCAUCAAGUGGAGACGACGAUGAGCUGUCCAUGUCCACUCCAAGGAGAAGCCUUAGAGGGCAAAAUACUGAAGGGAAGAAGAUCGACAAAGCCAAGCGUUCAUCGUUCUUGGCUUCGCCUGAAGUGAACGUUGAGGAUGGAAUAACAGCUGAUAAAACCUCGAAGGUUGGAGGAUCGGAACCUUCUCGGUCCACUCAGCUGAAUAUUACCGAAAUGACGGGAGAUGAUAUAAAGGAGAAGGUGAAGGAGGUUGUGACCUCCAUCAAGUCGGUGUCCAAGGGGAUGAAAGGCACUAAUCAAAAAGCCUUAAAGAACGUGGCAGCCUUCCUGGAAGACGUCACAAAGGCGCUUCUUCAGCGAUCGGCGACUGAGGAGACUCACCGGUUGCAGAGGGAGAAUGAGCGCCUCAAAGCUCAAACCAGUAAUCUUCAAGAUGAAAUGAAGGAAAUAAGAAAAGAGUUGGCUGCCAUAAAGCUCGAGAGAGCUAAAUUGCCGCCUAACAACAACUCAGAACUUGUGGUAGCCCUGAAAGAUGAGAUUACCAGAGUUCUAGGCCGGGUGUCAUUUUUGGAGGCGAGAAUCCUGCGACCUCCUUUGUCUUCAGACGCAAAGUCAGUGCAGGGUGCGCAGCGGGUCGUAGAAACGUAUGCUGCAAAAGCGUCGAAAGCGCGGGUAUUGCCUAAAAUAGUGCAACCAAAGUCGGUCGGGAAGAUAGAGAAAAAUACUCCGUCAACUUUGGCGUCGACCGCGCAGUCUAAAGAAGGCUUAAUAGAAGAACGGGGCAGACUUACCAAAGAGGCCAAUUCCACCCCUCAAGAACCCCGCGGACGCAAGCCUUUUGAGGAAAAGUGGGAGACUGUCGGAGACAAGAAACAGAAGCAGAAGGCUAAAAAGGCAUCAAUAAGGCAGAAAGAAGCUCAAGAGGCGAAAAUUAAGGCGCGUCUCAAAGCCCCUAACUCGACGGCAGUUGUCCUUACCCUGCAGCCAGAAGCUACAAAGAGAGGGAUUACGUACACUGACCUGUUGGAGCAGGCUAAGCAGCAAAUUAGUCUGCAAGACUUAGGAAUCAGUGGUGUACGUCCCAAAACCACGGUCACAGGUGCCCGUAUGCUAGAGAUCCCUGGAGCUUCUAGUGGGGAGAAGGCAGACGCUCUGGCUGAAAAACUCUUAGCGACCUUAAAAUCUGUAGAUGUCCGAAUUUCAAGGCCGAUCAGGCGCGCUGAAAUACGGCUCUCAGACCUAGACGACUCAGCAACUCAGGAGGAAAUCGUUACAGCCAUCGCCAAGAAGGGAGGAUGCUCUCUCACCGAUGUUAAGGUGGGAGCAAUCCGUCGAGAUAAAAGUGGACUGGGUACGGCAAUUGCUUCAUGCCCAGUAACUGCUGUGGAAAAGCUAGUGGUAGUUAAAGAGAAUGAUAAACGACUUAGAGUAGGUUGGUCAUCAGCGCAGGUCAAACUUCUUAAGGAGCGACCAAUGCGCUGUUAUAAAUGCCUUCGCGAUGGACAUGUAGGAGUUUCCUGCCGAUCGGAUAUCGAUUUCGCUGGACGUUGCUUUCAGUGUGGACAAAACGGCCACAAGAUAGAGGCGUGCUCGGCUCCUCCGCAUUGCAUAAUGUGCAACAAGGCAGGACAACCAGAUAACCAUUUUGUCGGUAGCAAAGUUUGCAAUGCAAAUAAGUGUACACAGGAGAAAAGAACGCCUGAGAUUCUGGCGUCGGAAAGCAGAGGGCAGGAGAUGGAAACGGAUACUCAGUGA